AUGAAGUCAGAACUUCUGCUAGUGAUGGCGUUGUCCCCCUGCAUGAGCAGCAAACCACUGUCCAAAAGUAGAACAUAUAACACGUUUCUGCUUGUAUCUUUUGAUGGUUUCAGGUGGGACUAUGACCAAGAUGCGGACACACCAAAUUUGGAGAAGCUAGUUGAAGAAGGAGUGAAGGCAAAGUACAUCAAUCCCCCAGCAAUCACCAAAACAUCUGCUUCACACUUCACAACUAUAACUGGAAGAUGGAUAGAGGAUCAUGGAGUUGUCCAUAGCAUGAUGUUUAAUGCUUCAACUGACAUGAGAAUUCCCCUUAAGGAAAAAUCGGAAUGGUGAGGUAAUGGUGCUUUGCCUCUGUGGAUUACAGCACAGAACCAGUGUCUGAAAACAGCAUCUUUUUUCUAUCCUGAUGGAGGAGUUAAUUACUAUGGGCAAGCUGCGGAUCCUUUCCUAGUUGAAGAACACGGGCGACUGGAUGACAAUUAAACAGAGUGGCAGCAGAACAUUGACACUGUGAUGGGAUGGUACACCAAAGAGGACUUUGACUUGGUUACCUACUAUGGAGAACCUGACAACGUGGGUGCUGUAGGCCCCGAAACCUCAAAGAGAAGAAAGAUAAUUGAACAGAUCGACCGUAUUAUUGGAUACCUUAGAGAUGCAUUUCACAAGAAUGGUUUGACUGAUUGUCUUAAUGUCAUCAUUAUAGACCAUGGCAUGACCACUAUUAAAAAGUCUCCUGAGGUUAAUGAGAUAAAACGUUCUGAUUACAACAUUUUUUAUCUAUCCCAAUUUGAGAUGCUCAACUAUGGUGGGCUUGGAAUGAUAACACCCAAGGAGGGGAAAGAACAGGACGUUUAUGAUGCCCUGAAGAAUGCACAUCCAAAUCUCACUUUCUAUAAGAAGGAGAUUCCAAAACACUUUCACAUUGCCAAAACUGACAGAAUUCAAUCUAUUGUACUUUUGGAAGACCUGGGUUUGAACUCGAGGAUCAUUUUGUAUAACAAAGGGAAUCAUGGAUUCAGCAAUGAGGAAAUUGACAUGAAAAGGAUCUUUCGAGCAUUUGGGCCAGAUUUCAAGAAUAAAUUCUUGGCUGAGCCAUUUGACAGCAUCAGUAUCUAUCCGUUAAUAUGCAAGCUGGUGGAAGUAGUUCCAGAACCAAACAAUGGAAGUCUCAGUGACUCCAAAGGGAUGUUAGUGGAUAACUUUGAUGUUGAUGGGAACAGUGAAAGGAACACAGUGUUAAAACUACUAUACUAA